CCCACCCGCAAUUUCCUUGUAAUCUCCGCAACCAUAGUCUCCAUUCUUUCUUAAGUCAUAUACUUCCCUCCCAUUUAUACCAUCACCCAUCAUUAGUCAUGAAAACAAUCUCCGAAGCCGGCGCCGCCGCCGCAACUAUCAGCCCCACGGUUCCCACCUCAUAUAAGCGUAAACAGAUCAACGUUAAUGGCGUCGACAUGGAGAAUAAAAAUAAGCAAACUAAUGGCAUUACCACCGAUGGAGCUGCCAACGGUUUCUAUGGUGUUGACCCGUCUUUCUUGAAAUGGACUUUGCGUGAUGUGGUCAAUGUGGCUAAGCACCAUUGGCUUCCCUGCUUUUUGGGAUUCGGGUUGUUGUUUUUCAUGGCCGUGGAGUACACGCUCCGCAUGGUGCCCUCAUCGUCGCCACCGUUUGACUUGGGGUUUGUUGUCACGCGCCGCCUCCAUGGGUUGCUGUCCUCGUGGCCGGAGCUCAAUACUUCGCUUGCUGGUCUGAAUACGGUAUUUGUGGGUAUGCAAACAGUAUAUAUCCUAUGGACGUGGCUAGUAGAAGGCAGACCAAGAGCAACAAUCUCUGCGUUGUUUAUGUUCACUUGCCGUGGGAUUCUGGGUUUCUCCACUCAGCUUCCAUUGCCGGAGGAAUUUCUGGGGUCAGGAGCGGACUUUCCAGUAGGAAAUGUGUCGUUUUUCCUGUUUUUCUCAGGCCAUGUUGCAGGGUCAUUGAUUGCAUCGCUGGACAUGAGAAGGAUGCAGAGAUGGGAAUUGGCUCGGGCAUUUGAUUUGCUCAAUGUUCUGCAAGUUAUUAGGCUGCUUGGAACUAGGGGCCACUAUACCAUAGAUUUAGCUGUUGGUGUAGGUGCUGGAGUUCUCUUCGAUUCGCUAGCUGGCAAAUAUGUUGAGUGCAAACAGAGAAAACCAAUUACUAAUACUGUCACUGCGAAGGAUGGAAGGAGGCUUUUUUAGUUAGAGAAUGGCAAAAGGUACUGAAAAAACUGAAGGGAGGAAAUAUGAGUGACCUUUUCCCUGGAGUAAUUUCCAACAACUCAAUUCUAUGGUAUAUUGGGACAAAUUAAGCAA